GUCUAUUUUGAAACAUCGUAGAUAAGAAAUGCAAGAAUCGUCUUCUGCCCAAAAUAAAAAAAAUACAAAGGAUGUUAGACGACUACAACGAGAUACGUAAUGAACUAGCAAACAAGACUAGUAGUCUGGAGGAGAUAGUUGGAACACCAGUCGACACACAAAAAGUUGCAUUCAACGCAUAUACAACCUCUGGGGGAAGCUACAAUGAAAAUCAGACGGUUGUGUUUCCUCAUGUUCUUCUAAACGCAGGCGGCGGAUAUAACAAUAUCACCGGAGACUUCACGGCACCUACUGCUGGCUUAUACUAUUUCAGCGCACACAUAUGUCAUGUAAAGGGAGCUUAUAUGGUUGUCUCAAUCGUCUAUGAAGGCAAGGAAAUUGCUAUCACAACCGAGUAUGAAGGCAUUCAAUAUAGUUUUAGCUCUGUAAGUGCCCCGGCUAUAAUGAAAGCAGGCGAAAAAGUGUUUAUUCAGUCUGCAUACGCACAUAGCAAGAUUUACGCAGAUACUGGAUACAGAUGGCCUUCCUUCCCAGUUGUGCUUGUGAAUAACUUAAAAUCAAAUGAUAUUGCUCAAACUGUUGUGUUUAAUUGACAUUACUAACAAUUCAGACUUUCCUAGAUAUAUGUUUCCUUAGAAAAGUGAACAGUAUGUUACUCAGUUUUGUUUUUAUAUUGGUUAAACUCAAUGUUUUGACGCAUUUGUGUUCGAGUGUAGUUAUUCGUAUUAAUUCCGUAUGUUGAGAUAACCUUCUAAUGGUGAUGUUUGCAUUUAUUAGAAAAAAAUAAUACAAAGUUUCAAUACCAAAGACAUCUGAUAUAUAGAAUGACAACUCAGUUUAGAUAACAAAAUGUAUAUUCAGAAAGUAUGUUCGUAAAUAGAAUAUAUCGUAUUUGUUGUAAAUAAUGACGGAGUGCAUAUUUCAGUCGGCGUAAACAGUUAUACGUACUAAGAGCUUAAGAAUUUACAUUUUUAUUUUAUUUCAUUCGUAGAGUUUAUUGCAAUAUUUUAUAAAAACUAACACGACCUAGUUUCCACAUAGCAAUCGGACGGCUAAACCUGUGAAGUUUUGUAGUGUACGUCAUAGCUCUUUCAUGUAUUAAUCCAGCGUUGUUUUUGGCAAUUCAUGAAUAAACUUCUCGUAAACAAAGUGUAGUUGAUAUUAUAGUUACCCUUUACUAACGUUGUCUGUAAAUUGAUAUAUUAACAUUCGCUAUAUGCUUCUACAGAAAUUCAAAAAUAAACGUCUUGCAAGAUUGCUGCAAUUACUAGUAUAAAAAGGAGACAUUCUUUAAAUGAAUAUAUAAAGAAAGUCUUCGGCAACGUCAAGUGCUUUUUUAUCUUUCAAAAACAUUGACACAUACUGUUUAUAUUUAAGGGUUUAUUCUUGUUCAGACUAGUUGCAAAAUUGAAUAAAGAACAUCGCAUACUUGUGGACUUUAUUUUUUAUUGAAAUCUUUUAAGAAUGUUGCUUUCUAUGAAUACAUCAUUGCGUAAACUAUUUAUUUUGUGUUGUUUUGUUUUUCCACCACGAGACACC